AUGACGGCGUCUCCGGAUUACUUGGUCGUGCUUUUUGGAAUCACUGCUGGGGCCACUGGGGCCAAGUUGGGCUCAGAUGAGAAGGAGCUGAUCCUGCUGUUAUGGAAAGUCGUGGAUCUGGCCAACAAGAAGACCCCUCCCGAGGCGCGGGCCGCGCUAGCAGGGGAGCGAAGGAAGAGGGUGAAAAAAAAAAAAACUCCCAAGUUUAAGAAGGGGGGAACUGACUCCUGCUUCUUUCCCCCGGAGGUGGGACAAUUGCACGAAGUACUAGUUAGGCCGGAUCAGUUGGAGCUGACAGAAGAUUGUAAAGAAGAAACUAAGAUCGACGCCGAAAGCCUGUCCUCCGCGCCGCAGCUAGACCAAGCCCUGCGACAGUUUAACCAGUCAGUGAGCAAUGAACUAAAUAUUGGGGUAGGAACCUCUUUCUGUCUCUGUACUGAUGGGCAGCUUCAUGUCAGGCAAAUCCUGCAUCCUGAAGCUUCCAAGAAGAAUGUAUUAUUGCCUGAAUGCUUCUAUUCCUUUUUUGAUCUUCGAAAAGAAUUCAAGAAGUGUUGUCCUGGCUCACCUGAUAUUGAUAAACUGAAUGUUGCAGCAAUGACGGAGUAUUUAAAUUUUGAGAAGAAUAGUUCAGUCUCCCGGUACGGAGCCUCUCAAAUUGAAGAUCUGGGGAAUAUAAUUUUAGCAAUGAUUUCAGAGCCUUAUAAUCACAGGUUUUCAGAUCCAGAGAGAGUAAAUUACAAAUUUGAAAGUGGCACUUGCAGCAAGAUGGAACUUAUUGAUGACAACACGGUAGUCAGGGCACGAGGUUUGCCAUGGCAGUCUUCGGAUCAAGAUAUUGCAAGAUUCUUCAAAGGACUCAAUAUUGCCAAGGGAGGUGCAGCACUUUGUCUGAAUGCCCAGGGUCGAAGGAAUGGAGAAGCUCUGGUUAGGUUUGUAAGUGAGGAGCACAGAGAUCUAGCACUACAGAGGCACAAACAUCACAUGGGAACCCGGUACAUUGAGGUUUACAAAGCAACAGGUGAAGAUUUUCUUAAAAUUGCUGGUGGUACAUCCAAUGAGGUAGCCCAAUUUCUCUCCAAGGAAAAUCAAGUCAUUGUCCGCAUGCGAGGGCUCCCAUUCACGGCCACGGCUGAUGAAGUGGUGGCCUUCUUUGGACAGCAUUGCCCCAUCACUGGGGGGAAGGAAGGCAUCCUCUUCGUUACCUACCCAGACGGCAGGCCAACAGGGGAUGCUUUUGUUCUCUUUGCUUGUGAGGAGUAUGCACAGAAUGCAUUGAGGAAGCAUAAGGACUUGUUGGGUAAAAGAUACAUUGAACUCUUCAGGAGCACAGCAGCUGAUGCUGAAUCAAUUCUGUUGGUGCUGAAUCGAUUCUCCUCGGCCCCUCUCAUUCCACUUCCAACACCUCCCAUUAUUCCAGUGCUACCUCAACAAUUUGUGCCCCCUACAAAUGUUAGAGACUGUAUACGCCUUCGAGGUCUUCCCUAUGCAGCCACAAUUGAGGACAUCCUGGACUUUCUGGGGGAGUUUUCCACAGAUAUUCGAACUCAUGGGGUUCACAUGGUAUUGAAUCACCAGGGCCGCCCAUCAGGAGAUGCCUUUAUCCAGAUGAAGUCUGCGGACAGAGCAUUUAUGGCUGCACAGAAGUGUCAUAAAAAAACCAUGAAGGACAGAUAUGUUGAAGUCUUUCAGUGUUCAGCUGAGGAGAUGAACUUUGUGUUAAUGGGGGGCACUUUAAAUCGAAAUGGCUUAUCCCCACCGCCAUGUAAGUUACCAUGCCUGUCUCCUCCUUCUUACACAUUUCCAGCUCCUGCAGCGGUUAUUCCGACUGAAGCUGCCAUUUAUCAGCCCUCUGUGCUUUUGAAUCCACGAGCACUGCAGCCCUCCACAGCAUACUACCCGGCGGGCACUCAGCUCUUCAUGAACUACACAGCAUACUAUCCCAGCCCCCCAGGUUCGCCCAAUAGUCUUGGCUACUUCCCUACAGCUGCUAAUCUUAGCGGUGUCCCUCCACAGCCUGGCACGGUGGUCAGAAUGCAGGGCCUGGCCUACAAUACUGGAGUUAAGGAAAUUCUUAACUUCUUCCAAGGUUACCAGUAUGCAACCGAGGAUGGACUUGUACACACAAAUGACCAGGCCAGGACUCUACCCAAAGAAUGGGUUUGUAUUUAA